AUGACCCUGGGGAUGAUCCGACAGCGUUAUUGGAUCCCUAGAGGCCGAGCCAUCGUAAAACAACAAAUUCUUUGCUGCGUGACUUGUGUGCGUUGGCGGGCGGCGACGCCACAGCAGCUGAUGAGCAGCCUGCCUCGCGAACGGGUGACGCCAGCUCGACCCUUCUUACACACCGGCGUCGACUACGCUGGAUCUAUUUUGCUGCGGAUCACAAAAGGAAGAGGCCAUCGAGCGUACAAAGCUUUCAUCUCCGUAUUCGUCUGCUUUUCAACAAGAGCCGUGCAUCUGGAGGUCGUAUCGGACUAUACGGCGGAGGCCUUCUUGGCGGCAUUGCGUCGUUUCACCUCUCGUCGCGGAUUGUGCCAAACCAUCUACAGUGACUGCGGGACGACGUUCGUGGGAGCUGACACACAGCUACGGGCCUUCUUUGCUGUCAGCAGUCCCGAACAACGAGCGAUAGUCAGGCAGCUCGCCGCCGAUAGAAUUACAUGGCGAUUCAACCCACCUUCGGCGCCUCAUUUCGGCGGAAUAUGGGAGGCUGCCGUCAAGUCUUUUAAGCAUCAUUUGAGGCGGGUGUUGGGAGAUGCAACCCUGACCUACCAGGAGAUGAGCACUCUCCUCGCUCAGGUAGAAGCGUGCCUUAAUUUACGACCUCUUCAGGCUCUUGAUGAUCCGAAAGACCUCUCCGCUCUCACGCCAGGCCACUUCCUCGUGGGAUCCGCUCUGACCGCCAUACCUGAACCUUCCAUGCUGGACAAGCCGAUGAAAGAGCUGGCCCGUUGGCGGUUUCUUCAAAAAAUGCGGUAUUAUUUCUGGGAAAGAUGGUCCCAGGAAUACCUCCACUCGCUAGUACAUCGCCCUAAAUGGUGGAGCAAGGAGUCGGGCUUCACAGUCGGCCGAUUAUGCCUCAUCCGAAACGAAAACCUGCCACCAACGAAAUGGCCCUUGGCACGCAUCAUUCAGAUCCAUCCCGGAGAAGAUGGUCAAAUCCGCGUUCUGACCCUCCGUACGGCUACCACAGAAUUAACCCGGCCUAUAGUAAAGCGCAUUCUUUUGCCGGUCGCCGAUAGCGAGGCGAGCGAGGAGGCUCAAGUUUGA